AUGCGCACAUGUAUUGAAGAUUUAUCAACAGAGCUGUGGUUCAUUAUUUUUCGUUUUCUCACUCGCGAACAUCUUGUUUCCGCAUUUAGUAAACUCAAUUCUCGUUUCGAUGUUCUUCUCUCCUCACCUCAUUUACCCACCAUAUUUCGUGUCAAAAUCGAUCGAUGUGAUGCAUAUCCCACUGUUCACAGUUUGAAGUCGUCGAACAAUCUAAAACUUGAAUGGAUUCAAGCAUUAGAAGCACAUGAACAUGUGCCAGGUGGAUAUGUGAUACAAUUUCUUCGUUUUCAAACACCUCGACUCAUCAAUCUACGUUCAUUGAAUAUUUCUAUUCGUGCGAAACAUGCAUCAACUAAUUUAGACUAUCUUAGCAAAGCUGUGUCUCAAUUAUAUUCAUUACAAAUCUUCAAACUUCAAUGUGAACAAAAUCAUGUCGAUAGAAUAAUCAGUUGUUCCCUUGCUCAAUUAUUCAAAACUAUUCUUCAAGUUUCAUGUCUAAGGCAUUGUACUCUUCAUCUGUGGAACUUAGCAGAGAAGAACUUCGACUAUGAACGUAUCACUAAUCUACCUACAAAUCAAUCAAUUGAAUAUUUACAUGUCACUGGUGUUGAUAGAACAAUUCUCUUCACUUUUCUUUCCUGUUGUCAUAGAUUAAAAACAUUUGUUGCUGAGCGAAAUGCAACUGAGGACAUGUUUGUUUCAAAGAAUUCAUCUUAUUUAAUAACAUCUGAUCGUUCUUGCCCUACUCUUUCUACUAUGACACUCUCAAUAUGUAAUCUACGAUUCGAUGAAUUGGAGAAUGUUUGUGCUUAUGCAGCUUAUCGUAUUCAUCACCUUCGACUCGUCUAUUCAGUUUACGUAUUUACUAACCAUUAUGAAGACUAUUUAGAUUAUUUCGAUCAAAUUCGUUGGACAAAUUUGUUAGAAAAUAUUGAAGUAGUAAAUAUAGCUAUUCAAAUUCAUGCCUUAGACGAUGUUGCAAAAGAUAUUGUUGGAAAUAUGGAUGAUUUUAUUAAACUUCAAGGUAUUCAUACAUUUGAUUUAUCAAAAAAUCAUCUCACAAAAUUACCUGAAAAUUUUCGUCAGUUAAAAUCAGUAAAACCGCUCGAUUUAUUCAAGAAUCAUGUUACAAAUAUACCAUUUGAUUAUUGUAACUUAAUGAAAUUAGAAGCAUCUAUUGGUUUUUUUGGUAUUGGUAAUAUGGGUAAACAUAUGGCAACAAAUCUAAUUGCAGCUAAUCAUCAGGUAACAGUUUUUGACAUUAAUCCACAAGCAUUUGACCAUUUUAAAGGACAAAAACAAGUUAAAAUAGCUUCUGUACCACAAGAAGCAGUAGCAAAUUCAGAAUUUAUUGUUUUAAUGUUACCUAAUGGUAAAAUUGUACGUGAUGUGUGUCAAUCAAAUAUUUUUCCUUCGGCUAAAAAAGGUACAUGUAUUAUUGAUUGCAGCACAAUUGAUAUACGAACAUCUAAGGAAAUGGCGGAACUAGCUCGAAGUAAACAAUUAAAUUUUGUCGAUGCGCCUGUCGCAGGCGCUACUAUUGGUGCUCAAAAAGGUACAUUAAUAUUUAUGGUUGGUGGUCAACCAAAUGAUCUUAAAGCUGUGGAACCUAUUCUUGGUAACAUGGGCAAAACUAUUGUCCAUAUUGGUGCAAAUGGUAGUGGUGCAGCAGCUAAAAUUUGCAACAAUCUUCUCGUAGCUAUUAGUAUGAUUGGCACUUCAGAAGCGAUGAAUCUCGGUAUCAAACUUGGUCUUAAUAAAGAUGUAUUAGCCAAACUAAUUAAUUCUUCAAGUGGUCAAUGUUGGUCAAGUCAAACAUAUAAUCCAUGUCCUGGUGUUGUUUCUAACGUACCAUCUAGUAACGACUACAAUGGUGGUUUUACUAGUGAACUGAUGACUAAAGACCUGUUACUUGCUCUUGAUGCUGCAAAACAAGUUAAAGCUUCAACUCCAUUAACGGAAAAAGCUACUGAACUCUAUAAUCAGCUUUGCUCAAAUGGACUGAAUAAAAAAGAUUUCAGUGUUAUCUUUAAAUAUCUCAAUGAACAAUGA